CCGGCCAUGGAGAGCUUGGCGCAGCCCCCGCCGCCCCCGGGCGCGCUGAAGCGGGGCGGCGGGGGCGCUGCGGGCCGAAUCAUCCUGGAGGGGUCAGUGGAGGAAGAGGCGGCGGCUAACGGGGGUAGUGGCAGGGAUGGACCCAUCACUGCUGAGGAGGGCGGCGGACAGUGGGGUCCUUCCCCUCUGCUUCUUCCCCCGCCUGCUGCGGGCCCCGGGAGGGACUCUCCAUCCGCGCUGGGGUCUCCCGUGUCUGCCACUGAGAACCGCCGGUCCGCUGCGGACUGCGCGGAGCUAGCAGUGACUGAGAGCCCUGAGGGGGCUCCUGCCUUGGAGAGCGGCCCCGGGGAGGCCGGCAGCAGCGGCGACCCCAGCCCCCCAGAGGAGGAGUCGCGGAGCUUGGACUCCCUGGAGUCCUUCUCCAACCUGCACUCCUGCUGCCCGAGCAGCUCCGAGCUCAAUAGCGAUGCCGAGGAGGUGGCGGCGGCGGCGGCAGCGGAGGGCAAGGCCCCGAGCCCCGGAGGGGAUGGGCCCACGGCGGCGGCUCAGCUCUUGUCUGCCUCUAAGGAGCGCUUUCCCGGCCAGUCGGUCUAUCACAUCAAGUGGGUCCGCUGGAAGGAGGAGAACACCCCGAUCAUCACCCAGAACGAGAACGGGCCCUGCCCGCUGCUGGCCAUUAUGAACGUGCUGCUGCUGGCUUGGAAGGUCAAGCUGCCACCAAUGAUGGAAAUCAUAACUGCUGAACAGCUGAUGGAAUAUUUAGGAGACUAUAUUCUUGAUGCAAAACCAAAAGAGAUUUCUGAAAUUCAACGUCUAAAUUACGAGCAGAAUAUGAGUGAUGCAAUGGCUAUCCUACAUAAGCUACAGACAGGUCUGGAUGUGAACGUGAAGUUCACUGGUGUACGAGUUUUUGAAUAUACACCUGAAUGCAUAGUGUUUGACCUUCUUGAUAUCCCUUUGUACCAUGGAUGGUUAGUGGAUCCUCAGAUUGCUGACAUUGUGAAGGCAGUUGGUAAUUGUAGUUACAAUCAAUUGGUGGAGAAGAUAAUCUGUUGUAAACAGUCGGACAACAGUGAGCUGGUUAGUGAAGGAUUUGUAGCUGAACAAUUUCUGAACAACACAGCCACUCAGUUGACAUACCAUGGGUUAUGUGAGCUGACUUCAGCAGUUCAGGAAGGAGAACUUUGUGUGUUCUUCAGGAACAACCAUUUUAGCACCAUGACCAAAUAUAAGGGUCAGCUUUAUCUACUGGUGACAGAUCAGGGUUUUCUUACAGAAGAGAAAGUUGUCUGGGAAAGUUUACAUAAUGUAGAUGGUGAUGGAAAUUUCUGUGACUCUGAAUUCCACCUUCGGCCUCCAUCAGACCCAGAAACUGUAUAUAGAGGGCAGCAGGAUCAAAUCGAUCAGGACUAUCUGAUGGCAUUGUCUUUACAACAAGAGCAGCAGAGCCAAGAUAUCGAUUGGGAGCAGAUCCCAGAAGGAAUCAGUGAUCUAGAGCUGGCAAAGAAGCUGCAGGAAGAGGAGGAUAGGCGGGCUUCUCAGUACUAUCAGGAACAAGAACAAGCAGUUGCAGCUGCUGCUCAGGUCCAGCAGGUGCAAGGAGCUGCUUCUCCAGCAAGUGGAAGACAAUCUGGAAGUAGUGAACGCAAACGAAAAGAACCUCGAGAGAAAGAGAGGGAGAAAGAGAAAGAAAAGAAUAGUUGUGUUAUUUUGUAACCGGGGAUGGAUUUUGCCUGGAGUCAAGUGCAUGUCCUCAAACAAAAACAAGGAAUAAAAUGAAGACAAACCCGUUACAUGCCGCCUGUGCCUGAUUACCCCAUGGAUUUAUUCACGUUUAAGGAGAGGAUGGGUGACUACUUUGUUACAAUCAUACAGACUUUCUUCAAAGUCAUACAGUGCGCUCUGUGUGAGAUGGAAUUCCAUUACAAUUGGAUGCGGCUGUGCUUUGAGUCAGUCAUGAGAAAUACUGCACCUUGUAGCUAAACACACAAAUCACGGCAAGUUUUGUCAUAGUGACAUGCGUUACUUAAAAUAUCAGUUAGUAAGCUAUUUCAUCUUCUGCUCUAAACAAAGAAAGGAGGUAAUUGGUUUUGUCAGAUUUCUUUACAUCAGCACAACAGAAUCCUGUAUUACUUUUCAUGGUCUGACAAUAUAACUUAGAUUGGGUAUUCAUGGCUUUAGAGCCCAAUGAGUGUCUGGGCACACUGCCUCCAUAACACACCCAGAUUCGUUUUGUUCAUGAGCUGGUAGCCCAUUCUUUAACCCAUAUUUGUGUUGGGUUAGUUCUACCACCAUGACCUUUGCCCCAUGCAUAAAUUAUUUGUUAACCAUUAUAUUGAAAAUUGGGUGUCAUGGAAAAAUGGGGUGUCUAUUGAUAAGCAAGAUAAAGAUUAAUUAUUGCUUUUCUUGCAGUUAAAAACUGGGUAUCACAACUCAGAUCUUAUCAGGGUCAGACACAAAUAAUUUAAUAGUUUUUUUUUUUCUUUGUUUAGUAUCUUCCGUUAUAGGUAAACUGGACCACAGAAGUUAUUUAUUGAUCUCUCCAUACAACACGUGAAUGGUGGUAGGAAACUGAAGUCUCUAAUAAUGCUUGUCCUGCGUAGGAAUGCAGAAUUAAAAUAACUAACUUAAUAUCUGCCUUCGUCCAGAAGUACCUUGAACCGUAACAUGACUUUAACA